AUACACAUACAUACAUGGCUGCGUUGGGCUACGUUGAUCAUCUGGCCCGAUAAAAUCACGAGUAAUAUCAACAGAAAUUUCUGCAUCUUAGAGAAAAGUUCAUCAAACGGGCGCCCGUUUUUCGUCCAAGGUUUGCUUGGUCUGUGGGAAUUGACAAAGACUGCAGUAAUAACGACAAGCAAGCAAAAUGGACAUCGAUGUGCCUAAGGAUAACACAACAACCGAGCAAACGCCGAUGGAGAUCGACGAAGACAGCUCUGAGAGAAAUCCGAAGAAUGCCAUUAAAGUCAUGGCAUCUUCGGGCACUAUUGGCUCUGUGUCCAUCAGUCUACAUCCGUUGGUGAUCAUGAAUGUUAGCGAACACUGGACUAGACUCAGAGCUCAAGAAGGUAGCGACCAGUUAGUAUACGGUGCUCUGAUUGGUAAACAAAAAGGUCGUAAUAUAGAAAUCAUGAAUUCUUUUGAAUUGUUGUUCACAUGCAUUGGUGAUGAUGUUAUAAUCGAUAGAGAUUAUUAUAAUACAAAGGAAGAACAAUUUAAGCAAGUUUUUAGUGAAAUGGACUUUUUGGGCUGGUACACUACUGGCGAUACGCCCAACGAAAGAGAUAUUAGAGUGCACAAGCAACUUUGUGAAAUAAACGAAAGUCCUGUGUUGUUAAAACUGGAUCCGCGACCAAAAAAUACGGAACAUUUACCUGUCUCUAUGUAUGAAUCGGUGAUUGAUUUAGUUAACGGUGAAGCCACUAUGCUUUUCGUUCCAUUAACUUAUACAUUAGCCACAGAGGAAGCAGAGAGAAUUGGAGUCGAUCAUGUACAAAGGAUGUGUAACAACGAUCAAGGAGAAUGUUCAGUAGUUGCUGAACAUCUGACGGCUCAACAUAGUGCUAUUAAAAUGUUGCAUGCAAGAGUGAAACUUGUUUUGAGAUACGUACAAGCGGUGCAGAGUGGAGAAUUGAAAGGAAAUCACGAAGUUCUUCGAGCAGCUUGUUCUUUGAGUCAUCGUUUGCCUGUUUUAAAUAAUCCGAAAUUCAAAGAUGAUUUUUAUAAUCAAUGUAACGACUUCGGUUUGAUGACGUAUCUGGGCAUUAUAACAAAAGGUUGUAAUAAUAUAAAUCAAUUUGUAAACAAGUUUAACAUUUUGUAUGAUAGACAAGGUGUGGGGCGUCGCCUAAGAAGUCUCUUCUUCUGAUGUGUAAAUAGAAUCUGUUGUUUUUAUACGUCUCUCUUUUCCUUUUAUUUCUUUAGAUAAGUAAGUACCGAACUCAGGAUUAAAGCUUAAUCAGCCAACUUAACUGUAGGACACUCUGAGUACUACUUUAAACAUAUAUACAUAAUGUAACAAAAAUAAAAAUAAAAGUAAAAGAGUAAAGAUUAUA